UCAAAUUGUACAAGAAAUUUGUGUGCAUGCAGCAUGCAGAUGAAAAUAAAAUAAGCACUUUGAACGCGCCAUAAAAUCAAUAAGCAUAAUUGCAGCGUUAAAUAAAUAUAAUACACCAAACUAAUAACUAAUUGUUCGAUUUUAAGCUGCGCUUCUCGAACCUUUUUUAAACUCUGCUUUGUGCGUGUGCUUCGGUAUGUCAAAGUGACUGUCGUCGUGUGUGUUAGUGUAUGUGUGGAUGUUAAAGCCGCGAGGAUUUUACCGUUACAAUUUACGAAAAAACGCGUUGAAAGUGUGCGUCGCGUGCAAAGUAAAUGAAUAAGUAAAACAAAAAUAAUAGCGACAACAACAACAAUAAGCGAAGAAAUAAUCUACGCUCCACUUUGGACAAAUUAUUGAUCAUUAACUAAAACAAAAUUCGGCAUUUUGUUUUUGGCAAUUUUGACUUAAUACCCGCAAAGUUUUGCUGGCGCCAAACGGCAGCAACGGAAAUUACAACAACAAUAAUAAUAAUAAUAACUGCUACUACAACAACAGCAAGCAAAGUGACUUGAAAGGCACGUCAAAAAAAGCAGCGCGCCUCAACCACAGCAGCAGCAGCGCAGCAGCCGUCACAGCAGAGACAAAACAAAAAGCAAAAACAACAACAAGUAAAGCUCCCAAGCUGCCAAAAGGCCGACGGCUUUUGGUGUUUUCUUUUGCUUUUGUAAAAACUUCUCACAGGCGAAUUUUGUUUGUGUGCGUGAGCUUAUCAACAACUGCAAACACACAUACACAGCGAUUAUGGCAAAGGAUCCAGCAACGACGCGAAUUCCACGCUUGGAUGGCAUGUCGCGCAUUCCACCGCCGGGCAGCUUUGGUGGCACCACCUCAACCACCUCACACAUUCGCCCGCCCACAGCUACAGCCACCGCAUUGAAGUCCACGACACAAAUCUUUCAUGCACCCGCCUUGCCAUCGGCCAGCAAGAGGCGUCCCAUCAGCUCGUAUCAUCCGACGGUGACGCCGCUUCACGAUCUGGGCGCCAAUAUCAAGAAGAGCGCUUCGGGGGAGCGUCUAAAUAACGCCGUCAGUUUGAUCAGCAAACGCACGACAACGGUGCUGAAAAAGUACUUUGGCCAGGCGAAGAUUGGCACAGGAAGUGCAACACCCUCACAGCUCAUGAUCAGCUCCUUGCCACAAACACCGCUGCCAGCUGCAAAGCAGCAACAACAGCAGCAGCUGCAGCAGUCGCAACAGUUGCAACAGCAAUUGCAGCUCACGAGCAGCACGCCAAUGCCUCUGAUGCGUUCCGAGACCUUUGUGUGCGAUGAGGAGACGUCUGAGAAGGAGCAGCAGACGCCGAUUGCUCAGCGCAUCAAUCUGGAGAGCACGCGACUCUCGAGCGUGGGAUUUGGACGCACUUUGGACAUGGACAGCACAAUGAAUGUGAGCAACAAGACGAGCAGCAUGAAUAGAACGCGUCCCGUUGUUGAUCGAACUAGAACACAGACAGCAGCUGGCGAGGAACAUGACAGAACUAGGACAGUAAUGACAGCUACAGAGGAACCAAAUAGAACUAGGACCGUGAUGGCAACUGCUGGCGAGGAAUGUGAUAGAACCAGAACAGUCCAAGCAGCUGUAGAGGAGCCAGAUAGAACUAGAACUCUGCAUGCAGCUGGGGAAGAGCAUGAUCGAACUCUAACCGAGAUGACAGCUGGCAGUGAUGCCACUCAAGUGUUGGUGGGCAGCAGCUGUGGCCGCGAUCGCACACGACCUGUCAUCCAGACAACUGAGUUGAGCGCACAGAGUCUCGAUCUGACCAAGAGCAUGGAUCAGUUGCCGUUGUUGGAGCACAUGUCCAUACCCUCGGGACUGGAUAUGCUGAGCGCACAGUCGGAGCUGGAGGAGCAACAGGCCAGCAGCGAGUUGGUUGCGGAUUUGGACGUCACUUUGACGGCGCUGGCGCCGGAUAAAACCAACAUGAAGCUGCCGCUCAAUUCGACCAUCAAUACGGAACGCUUGCUGGACAUUAGCGGACUGCAAUCGCCGGCGAGGCACAUACAACUCUUGAAUUUAACGCGAGAGUUUCUGGAGCAGUCGCCACCUCGAUUGUCAAGUGCUGCCACAGCUGCUGGCGGAGGAGGAAGCGGACGUCGUUCGAUUGGACAACAAUCGCUGGUUUGCCUGACACCGCAAUCGGCCACAACAACGCCGCUUGGGGCUCGUUUCCAGAACACGCCGGUGCCGGUGCAUUUGCUCUCGCCACUGUUGAAGGCGGCACGCAGUGAUCUUGUGUUGCCCACACGCACACCGGACGGGGAGUUGCCCCACCUCGAUGGCGCGCUGGCGGGUGUGGUGCACUGCAGUGCAAUGCGGAAUGCGCCACGCACACGCUACAGCUUUGGUCUGGAGUUGCAGGAGUCCACGUUAGACGCUUCUAUUGAGUUGGUCGACGAUUCGUUCUCAGCUUCGCAACAGCAGCUGCAACAGUUGCAGCAGCAAUUGUUUAAGAAGCAGCAUAGCUUUGAUCUAGAUGAGAGCUUGGGCAUCCUGACGCCGGAUCAAAUGAAGGAGUUCCUGGACUCGUCAUCGCAACACAAUCAGAGUCAUCAGCAGUUGGAAUUGCAAUUGGCGGCAGUGCAGCAGCAUCAUCAGCAGCAACUGCAACACCAACAUCAGCUCCAACAGCAGCAACAACAUUUGCAGCUGCAGCAACAGCUGCGCAUGGAGCAGACGCCAUCGCCCGAGGAGUUGCCACUGGAUCCCAUCGAGCCGCAGUUGGUAUCAGCCAUAGCCAUUGCACCCCUUGUGCAAGCCACAGCGGCGGUGACGACAACAACAGCAGCCACAGCAGCAGCAAGCACAAAUGCCAAGCAGCUGAGCAACAGUUUCAUUACCAGCGUGACCAGUGUGACCAGCCUCGAUACGGGUUAUCAGGGCGAUGGAGAGAUGUCGCGUCCGGCUUCCCGCGGCGCCUGCGAUCAUUCGCCCAGCAAUGGCCCCCACUUGGGACGCGUCAGUCGGCAGCCUAGUUUUCCGCCAAUGCCAGCGGCUCCAAUGCGACGCCAAGAUCCGAUGACCGACUCGGAUUUCUUCACCGAAUCCGAUGCGGAUGAUGUGCUGCAGCGUGGCGAUCGACGCGCUCAAGUCAUUGAUGGUCAGCUCUAUGGACCGGCAGCGGGAAUGCAGCCGAGUGCCUCGGUGCCGCAGCUGGAGGAUUCAUGCAUGGAAUCCUCGGGUAUUUUCACCGAUGUGGAGAAUCGCUGUGAUGAGGAAAUGCGAUUGCCAGAGCUGGAAGUCGAUGUGGAUGAUGUGGGGGAUGUCGAUGUCGAUAUGUCACCCGAUGACUCCACGCAAACCAUGCGCAAAGCUCAAGGUCAAGCUCAGUCGGUCAAUCAACAGCAACAACAAAGUCUCCACAACACAACUCUACAACAACAGCGUCCGCUCUCUUCAUCAUCGGCAGCGACGCUUUCGCUCUCCAAUCGCACCUCGUACUGCAGCGUCGACGGCGGCAGCGCGAAAAGCUUUUGCGACGAAGCUUUCAGCAGCAACAGCAGCAGCUGCGCCGGCAGCGAGCAGCGAUCGUCGGCAGCGCUUUCAGUACAGCGCGCAGCGUCGCCGCGUCAACAACACGUCGAUUCGUCGUUAACAUCGCUCUGCACCGUUGAGAACUUGUCGUCAAGCUCAUCGCUCGCCGCGUCGCCAAAAGCAACAAAGAUAAAAACCACAACAGUAACUACAACAACAAGUGCAGCAGGCAAAGCUUCUCCAAUUCAAGCAACAAAAACAACAACGCCGCGCAGUGCAAAAACACAAAACGCGCGUAAAUCGCAUACGCCCAAUAAAUGGGAUGCCGUUAUGCAUAAAAUCGCCAGCAAUAAGUCAACAAUUAAAACUAAUUACAGUGAUGUGAAAUCCAAAGUGUCCACAACGCGUGCCGCCAACAUGGCCGGACCGCCAAACGGUGCAACGGCAGCCACAUCUGGCAACGCCACCAACACUUCUAAUAGCCCCACUAGCAGCGGCAGUCCGCGCAUCACGCCCUCGGUGCGUCGCUCGCCCUCUGUGACGCCCUCAAUUGUCAAGCGCAGCAGCGUCAACAGCAACAGCAGCUCAAAGUCGCCGUCAUCGGCGACCACGACGCCGGCGUCGACGUCAACACGGCAGCCACAGGAUAAAGGCUCAGUUGGCGCCGGCGUCAGCGUUUUUACGCGUCUCGCAAAGUCUCCGACAUCGCCCACAGCGUCGAGUGCAGCAAAGCGGUUGCAGCCAGUGCUAAUUAAACGUGGACGUUCAUAUAGCAAGGAUAGCCAGAAGAGCUCGCACAGCGAUCUGAGCUCAUUGUGCAACGGCAGCGGCUCCCCAAAAUUAUUGGCAAAAACUCCACUGCGAGCUGCCAAGAAGCGUGAUGUUCGCAAUUUGAGCAUAUCACCAACAGAUCUGGGACCGCCGCCAAAGACCCAACAAACAACCAAGGGACAAUCGACGCGCACCAAAUCCACAACGCCAACGCCCACAACGAUACAAAAACGUUUGAAUAGCACCGCUCCUUCAAGCACCUCGAUCAGCACAAAUUCGUCGAUCGUCAAGGGCGCAAUUAAGGCAACUGCACAGAGUAAACAGCAACAAAAUGCGAAAAAUAAUGCAACACUUAAAAACAGUUCAAAGCCAUUGGAUGUUAAUAUUUCAGAGGAAUCGCUACGUUCCGGUGUGGAUCAAACGGAGCUGCAGGAGCUCAAUGAAUUGGGUUUAAUCCUUGCAACGCCACGGGACUCGAAGCGUGCCUCCAUCAGCAAUGAGGUGCUUUGCAUUUGCGGUGCGGCAGACACCAAAAAUGCCACCUGCAGCUGUGCCACAGAGAAGGCGCCCAAGCUGCAGCGCACCCAAGACUCGAGGGAGUCGAGUUGCGCCUUGGAAACAGAACAGACGGAGGCACAGCUGAAGGAAUUAACAGCAAGCUUACCCACUACAAAUGAGGACACUUCACUGCACAGCCAGGCGGAGGAGAAUCCCCUGCUCAAGUGCUUCAUGGAGAACGGCUACUUGAACUACGAACGGCUAACAAAGUGUCUGGAGGGCCGAAAGCAGCAGCAGGAGCAACAGCAAUGCCAACUGAUGGGACUCGCCAUUGUUGUGCAGUGCAUGUCCAAGCAGAUGGACAAGUUGAGCUGUCAGGACAAGAAGUCGCAGACAACGCUGGCCGAGACAAUCGCCAUGCUGCAGCAGACGCAGCGCAAUUGCGAAGAGCUGCAACAGCAGUUGCACGACAAGGAUGUGGAGUGGACACAGCGUCAGCAGGAGUUGGAACAUCUGCAACGCAGCAAGCUGCAAGAAGCACAAGACAAAGUGCAGGAGGUGCAGUUGCUGGCCAAAGAGCGUUUCCUAGAGCUUGAGUCCCAGCUGCAGGCUAAAGAUGAGGAGAAAAAACAGGCGCUGCAAGCGUAUCAUCAGGAAAUGGCCCAUCAGCUGCGUCACAAGCAGGACCAGCUGAAUGCCGCCGAGCAGCAAGUGCUGCAGCUACAAACACGCAUUCGCGACCACGAAGCCCAGGAGCAAGUGCUGCGUGAGAAGCUCACACGCAAGGAGAACACACAUGUGCGUUCCAUGUCCGCGGCCACACAGCGCGAAGAGGAGGCGCUAGAGCGUGUCAAGGAGCUGGGCAAGGAGCUGCAAUCGCUGCGCACCAGCACCGAGCUGAAGGAGCGCGAUCUGCGGGAUCGUCUGGCGUUGUCGCAGGAUGAGGUCAGCGUGUUGCGCACUUCGUCGCAGCGUCGCAGUCCCAGCAACCACAGCAACAGCAAUGGCAGCCACAGCAACAGCCUCAACGAUAGCAGCGGCGAGCUGUGCCGUCUGACCAACGAGGCGGAGAGUUUGCGCUGUGUGCUGGAGCUGAAACAGGCCGAGAUCUCGACGCUGUCCAAGCAGAACGCUGAGCUGCAGCGGGAGAACGACGAGCAGCGCAGUUUGAGUAAUCGUGUCACACUGCUGGAGGCACAGAAUGAAAUGAUGCGCACAGAGCUCGAGAGCAAGACAGAGAAAGAAAAAGAAAUUCAGCGCCAGAUGGAGGAGAUGCAAAAGGCAUUCAACCACGAAAGCAUCAAGCGUAAGCGCCUCACCUGCGACAAGGAGGAACUGCAGUAUCAUCUCAAGCAACGCUCCGAGCAGCUCGUUCUGGUGCAAGCCCAGCUGCAUGAGCUCUCCAACUGCUCCCACGACAGCUCCAUCAACAGUCACUCGUACAGUCGAAGCAAUUCAAUGCGUGCCGACACAUCAAACACAUCGCCACCCGCCUCGCCAGUCAUCAAGGGCGUCAUCGAACGCAACGAUUCCGUUAGCUGGGUACUCGAAAUGGACGAUGAGUCGCCACAGGUGGCCGCCUCGAAGCUGGUGCGACGUGCCGGCUCCUUGCGCAGCACCUGCGAACGCAGUCCCACCCAACGCCGGCAGCCGCAGCUGUCGCAGAGUUUCGCCAGCAAUGGCCACACUAAUGGCCAUGGACAUGGCUCCAUUUCGCAUGUACAGGGUCCCAAUCCGCUAUCGCAAAGCAUGUCAGCCACAGCUCUAAUGCGUGGUCAGACCAAUGAGCCCGAGUCGCCGCGUCCACUCUGCCGAGCUCGCUCCCAAUCCGUGUGCAACAACAAGGCGGCAGCAACAGCCUUUGAGAUGCGUCCCCAGCGCCAGCAGCAACAGCAGCGUCAGCGGCAGAGAUGCGAUGACGUCGAGGCGCCGUUAUCGGAUUGGCAGGUGGAUGAGCUGCGUUCCAGUUCGCCGCAACCGUUGCCACCGCCAGUUUUGGCCGAGAUGCGACCACGCAGCAGCUCCGCAAUGAAGCUGAUAACCUGCGAUGCGUAUCCCAAGGCGCUCAAUAAGAAAUUCCAGGAGAUACAGGAGUCCGCGGGCGAGGCAAUGGUAUCCGGUGCCAAUUCAGAGGACGAGAGCUGCUCGGCUUCAUCGGAGGAUAUGCGCAGCUCGUCCGCCUCAAGCACUGCAUCAGCAGCAGGGUGUUCGCUAUCGAAACGCCAAAAGCAACCGUCACGCAUGUCCAUUGAGGAGGCGCUGCUGCUCGAUCAGGUGAACAGCCUGAAUGGCACACCCAUGGAGGUGAGCUGGUCCGAGGAUGCUGCCGAUGCGGAUGCCGCCAACAAUGGACACAGCAGCAUCGCAUGACAGCAGCCACCAUCAUUGGAUGUUGGUUAUGAGGAGCGUGCCGUCAUCGAGCAGAUUGCCGAGGCAGCCGAAGAGGCUUAUGAGAUGGCCACCGAUGACCAGCAGGAGGAGCUGAUUGUGGGCGAUGACGAUGACGACGACCAAGAUGAUGAAGAUGAUGAGGCCGAAGGUGUUAAUUUCGAUGUUGAUGUGGAUGAUGAAGAUGAUGAUGAUGAUGAUAGCUUCUAAAGCAUAUGGCGCGCGCAUCUAGAUUGUAGAACAAUUCAAUGAGCAUCAUUAACUAAAAGCAUAGCUUGGCGCAAAUAUAAAAACUGAACAGAAUAAAACCGAAAAACUCGAUAAACUAGUAAAAGUCUUGGAGAGUAACAGGAUAAAACACACACAGAAUAAAAAAUCAUACAUUGUAAUUGAAAAUUUCAAAAUGAAAAUGUUUUAUGUAAAUAAGUGCAUUUAGAGUGCGAUUUUGUGAAUGCGAAAGCGAGAGGCAACAACAAUAUUUGUUUAUUAAUCGUAUAACAUAAUUUAAAGAAUUUAAGAUAUAGUAUGAUAGAAGAGAAGAUAUUUUAUGCAAACACACACAGAUAUACACACACACACAUACACAGUAAGUGGAUCCGUCACAGUCUAAAGAGAACAUUGGAACGAAAAAGAAUGAGAAGAAGAGUGCACACAUUUUACGAUUUACGAUUACGAGAAAUGCGACUCAGUGAAUAAUCAAAAUGAGUAGAAGAGUAACAAGUAUAAUAGGUUUAAAAGAUAUAGAGAACAGUAGCCCAACUCUUCGGAAAACAUAAAACACAUAAGUACGACGUUUCAAAGCAAAUACGAUAAUACUACGAGUAAAUAAAUAAAUGUUAUGGUUAGGCAUUUAGCUCAAGCAUUAUAAAAAUAUACGAGUAUAUACACACAACUUAUAAUAUAACUAUACAAUACCAGAUUUAUAUAUAUACAACAUAUUAUUAUUAUCGUAUUCUAACCACAAAACACACAACUCGAGAUAACGUCUAUCGUAUAUUAAAUAAUAUGUAAUGUGUUAUAGCCCCCAUCCACACAACUUCUCCUUCUCCUCUUAAGCUCAACGGAUAUAACAGAACAGAACAGAACAUUCACUUGAUGUCCUUAAUUGUAAUACCCCGAAAACUUUGAAAUUGAAAUUGUACAAUUUACACAUCUAGAAAUGUACGGAUUAAGCAAAAUUUGCAUCCGGACCCUUAAGCUUUAAUUUUUUUGUGCGUGUUUGUGAAAUAUUUGAGCAUUAUUUAUUAUUUAGUUUUUAGGAUCAGCUGAAGGAUCAUCUAUUAUAAUGCGUAAAUACAUACAUAUAUACAUAUUGUUUAUAGCUUAUUUGUACAUUACUUUUUAGCUUAGCAUUUAGUUAAAUUUACGUUUUUAAUUUGUUAUCAAUGAUUAUUAUAUCCGUAUCCAUAACCGUAUCCGUAUCCGUAUCCGUAUCUAUAACUGUAACUGUAACUAUAACUAUAAAUGUAUCUAAUUGCAAGUCUUAUAUGUAUAAGCUAAAAGGAUACGCAAAAGUUUAACACGCAGCAUUGUCAUUAAUUUUUAAGUAAGCUACGAUUGCUAUGUUUUUUUUAUGUGUGAGCCCAGCAACAACAACAACCACAAUAACAGCAACUCAUCCUAAAUUCUGUGCAUACGUAUAAUAAAUGAAAUAAGCAGAAUAAAACAAUACAGAAAGGAAUGCAAAUAAGAGUAUAAUAUAACAGUAUAACACAAAUUGCUACGGAAACAAGAAACCUACAAAUAUUUUUUGCUAAAUAAUUUCAAAACCUAAAAUAAAAUAGUAAUUGUUUCAACAAA